AUGGACCAUAGAGCAUGGCCUUGGAAGAAGAAAUCAAUGGAGAAAACCGUUGUCGAAAGCAAUGGCAUUUCCUCCAAUGGAGAGAUUGAGAAGCUUGUUGGGGACAAGAUAGAGUUGGAAAAUCGCCUUAAAAGUCUAAAUGAUAAGCUUACCUUUGUGGAGGCCGAGAACAAUAAGCACAAGACUGUGGCACAAGAAGCAAUAGUUGGCUGGGAGAAGGCAAAAGCUGAAUCAGCAUCUCUCAAGAAGAAACUAGAAGAAGCUUUGAAUGAGAAAAACAGGAGCAACGAGAGGUCGAGUCACACGGAUGCUGGUCUAAAAGAAUGUAUGCAGCAGCUUCGCUUUGUUCGGGAGGAGCAAGAGCGAAGGAUGCAUGAUGCUUUGACAAAAGCAUCACAGGAGUACGAACGAAGAUUGAUUGUUAUAAAGACAGAAUUGGCAGAUACCGGUAAGAGGCUUGCAGAAUCAGAAGGCGAGAACACUCAACUCUCAAAGGCUUUGUUAGCAAAGAACAAAACCGUUGAAGAUUUAAACACAGAGAGGGAUCGUGUCAAGGCUGAUUUCAAUGCUUUGGUGAGUAGUUUAGAGUCGAAGGAAAAAGAAAACACUUCGCUGAGAUAUGAAGUCAGAGUGUUGGAGAAAGAACUUGAGCUAAGGAAUGAAGAGAGAGAGUUUAGUCGUCGAACAACUGAAGCAUCACAUAAACUGCACUUAGAGAGUGUGAAGAAAGUUGCAAAGCUAGAAGCAGAGUGUCAAAGGUUACGGAUACUUGUCAGGAAACGGUUACCCGGACCCGCUGCUAUGUCCAAAAUGAGGAAUGAGGUAGAGAUGUUGGGAAGGAGAAGAUUCAAUGGAAGCCCUAAUCCGAUGAUUGAUGCCGAAAAGAUCAAUAACCUCACUGAGCAAAUAUGCUUACUGGAGGAAGAGAACAAGACUCUGAGUGAUGCCCUAAACAAGAAAGUCAAUGAGCUUCAGUUCUCAAGAAAUAUGUAUUCUCGAACAGCAUCAAGACUACUAGAAUUCGAGUCUCAUCUUGAAGAAUCUUCUAAAGGCACAAACAUUGAGCCAAGCCGGAGCAGCAAUGUGUCACACGAAGUCUCUGUUGCAUCAGUAUCCGAGUUUGACAAUGAUGAUAAAUUUAGCUGUGCCGAUUCCUGGGGUUCUGCUUUGCUUUCAGAGCUGGAUAAUUUUAAGAACAAAAAGCAAAUGGGCUCGAGUUUGGUUAGAACCCCUAAAGCUUCAGAGAUGAAACUAAUGGAUGAUUUUGCAGAAAUGGAGAAGCUUGCAAUGGUUAGAAGUACAAUCGAUAAUCGACCAGGAAGUUCUCCUAUUUGUUCUUCUGAUUCCAUUUCAGCUACUGGUCCAGUAGAGAAUGAAUCUAAUGAAAAUUUAUCAGAGGUAACGAAAACUCCUGAAACAGAUUAUUCGUUAAAUCCUGGCGCAUCUUCCCCAGAUAUUAAGUCAGACUCAGUGAGCAAAUUACCUCAAUCUCUUCAUGUCAUCUUGAAGGCGAUUAUGGAGCAUAAGCGGAUCACGCAGAGAAACACUGAUGAAGUACUUGAAGAUAUCAGAAAAGCUUUGUCAAGUGUAAACCAUUCAGGCUCCUCUGUGAUAAACCAUCAGGACUCGGUGAAACUAUCUCAGAUCGCAACUCAGGUUUCAUCAAAACAGAUGAAGACUCUCAUUGUGGAUGAUACACCAGAUAUGGAGUGUGAUGUUAGCAAAUCGAUUCGCAGAAUCAUUGAAAUUACCGAGGGAGUCAGCUUAAAAGAUGAGAGGCAUGAUUCACACGGAGAAUCAGAAAGGCUUCCAGGUUACACUGCUCGUGUCUUGCAAUGGAAAACCUCAGAGCUAAGUUGUGUACUGCAGCGAUUUCUUCAUACUUGUUACGACCUAUUAGACAAGAAAACAGACAUGAAGAAGUUUGCAGAAGAGUUAAGCUCGGUGCUGGAAUGGAUGGUGAACCACUGUUUUUCUCUCCAAGAUGUUUCAAGCAUGAGAGAAGAGAUUAGGAAGCAGUUCGAGUGGGAUGAGUCACGGAGUGGAAGCGAAGUUGAUAUUGGAAUAUUUGGUCAGGUUUCAGAAGCAGAUAAGCUUAAGACAGAAGAUGUCUCCUUUUUGGCUCGCAAUGAUCGGGAUCAGUCGAUUGAAGGCAAUCACAAGAUAUCAAACAAAAUGGUCAAAGAGGCAAAGGACAACACAGCAAGUGCUUCAGCAAACGAGCUCAAGCUGGACGAAAAACAAAACAUGCGAACUGAAUUGGAAAUCACUGCUGCUUCAGAAAAGUUAGCCGAGUGUCAAGAGACGAUCCUGAACCUAGGAAAGCAGCUCAAGGCAUUGACUAACUCAAAGGAAACAGCUUUACUUUCAGACAAACUCAUGCCUGACCGUACCGACAAAUCGAACAACCUAGCUGGUGCACAACCUUCACAAGAGACAAAACAAGAGAAGAGAUUGACCAGCCAGAGAUCAUCUCUUUUGGAUCAGAUGAAGGCAGAAGAUCAUGACACUGGAGAAUCCAAUAAUCAGAAGCCUCAAACAACAGAUAAAAACGGAAAAGGAGGCAGUUCUGUUUACAAUGAAACCAUUGAGGCAUUGGAACAGAUUCUUCUCUCAGACAAAAGCAAAGGCAGCAAAACAAACUGCUUCGCCGUUGUUCCUCAGAAGAAGAGUGGUGGAGUUAAGAGCCUCUGGAAAAAGCUAUUGGGGAAAAAAAAGAAAGGUACUAAGAGCAAGAAGGUCCCUAAUCCAUUUGCCACCUAA